AGGCGCGAACGGGGCAGCCGCUCAUCGACCAGAAAUGACGAUGACGAUGAUGUUGCGAGCUUCGAGAACGCUGCGAUGUGUGCAGUGUGCCCCCCGGAGGACUCUGACCACCAAGGUCCUCCAGGAUGGUCCUACACCCGGGGAUGAGCGACCAUCGAAAGCCACCGAUCCUUACCCGAUCCCCUUUCAAACUCGCGAAUUCCCCGAGCCAGUCUCGCCUGCUAGCAUUGGCGCUACCUCCGAUAUCAUCACGCCACAUCCAGAGGGAAGACCAGUGGACGAACCCGUGGAGACCAUGCGCGCAAGGCUGGUCUACCAGAGCCGGAAACGCGGCAUACUGGAGACCGAUCUCAUCCUGAGCACUUUUGCCAAACGGCGUCUGCCAUCGAUGACGGAGAACGAGCUCAAGGAGUACGAUCGAUUCUUGACUUUGCCCGACUGGGACAUCCUAUCGUACGCCACCGGCAAGCGAGCUGCGCCAGAGGGCUGGGAGCACUCGAAGAUUCUGACAGAGAUCCAGAAGCACAGCGAUAACGAAGGCAAGGAGAUUCGGAUGAUGCCAUCCCUCACGAAAGCCUAGUACGGCCAAGCGUCGAGUCUCGAUAGAUGUCCGCCUUGCCCUGCAAGAUGCAUAUAUUGUAUCGGG